UUGCCCAUGUGGCCCCGCCUCUCAUCACAAGCCGCGGAAGUUGCUUUGCAGAGGAUGUCGCUAAUUUGGUUGAAACAGUGACGGACACGGAGACGGUUUGCGGUAGUUUUUUUCCUCGGUUUUACCUUCUGUUGCAGGAACACGGUAAGAGCCAGACGGAUCAUGAUGAAGUGUGGGAUGUCGGAUCGGGACCGGCAGGCUCUGAAGAGGCGUUCAGCAGAUCUGUGCAAACAGCUGGUGGUGGACGAGCUGCUGGUCCAGUCGCUGCAGGCCGACAGCAUCCUGACGGACGGCAUGGCGGAUAGCAUCCUGGCAGAACAAACGUUACAGAAACGCAGCUGGCGUUUGCUUUUUCUUUUACCGAAACGAGGACCUCGAGCCUUCAGCAGCUUCAUCUCGGCUUUAAAUGAAACAGAACAGCAGCACCUGAGCGACCUCCUGACACAAUCACCCGAGAGAGAUGUCGAUAAUCUUUGUCCUGAGGAAGAACCGGAGGGAAAGUCGGGACGGCUGGUCAUGGAGAGAAGAGAGAAGAAGAGAGAGAGGUCUGGAGAUUCUUCUCUUCCGCUUCCAAUUCAGGAGGAAGUAUCAGCGAAGCGACAGAGGACUCAAGAGUCCAUGGAGUUCAGCCUGGAUGCCGACAGUCCCAUCAACACUCCCGUCCUCCCCUGCACUCCUGACUUUUACCUCUCUCACUGCCAGCAGUCCUACAGAAUGAGCUCGUCUCCUCGUGGCUUUGCUCUGGUCAUCAGUAACGUGACCUUUGACUCUCACGCUGCCCCUGACCUGGACCCCAGGAAGGGAGGUGAGGUGGACGACGAGGUCCUCAGGAAGGUCUUCACGGAGCUGGACUACGUGGUGGCCGUCCACAGAGACAAAACUGCUCAGGGCAUGAGGAGCUGCAUCGAGAACUUCUGCAGACGUCCGGAGCACCAAACGGUGGACAGCUGUGUGGUGUGUUUGCUUUCUCACGGUGUGGAUGGAGCUGUUUAUGGGACAGACGGACAGCUGCUGCAGCUGGACUGGGUGUUUCAGUCCUUCGACAACGCUCACUGUCCGCUGCUGCAGAACAAACCAAAGAUGUUCUUCAUCCAGGCCUGCAGAGGAGAGGAGAUGGACUGUGGCGUGGAGCAGAUGGACGGACCGGUGAGGACCGGUUCUCCCAGCUGUGAGCAGCGGGACGCUGGGAGGGAAGGACAGGGAGAGUCCCGGCAGAGAGGAGAUCUGGGGAUCAAACCGAGGAUCAAACUGCCCCAAAGGUCCGACAUGAUCUGCGGCUUCGCUUCCCUCAAAGGUCAGACAAUUUGCACAGCAGCGAUGAGGAACACCAAGAGAGGAUCCUGGUUCAUCCAGGAGCUCAACUCUGCUCUCCGCCUCCGCUCCAGAGACACUCACCUGGCCGACAUCCUGGUGCAGGUGAACGCUCGUAUAAAGGAGAGGGAAGGUUACGCUCCGGGAACCGCCCACCACCGCUGCAAAGAGAUGUCGGAGUUCACCAGCUCGCUGUGCAAAGACCUCUACCUGUUCCCCAAGCACCAGCCCCAGUAUUAGAAAGCAAAUCUGCACACAAAGCAUUCCUCUGCAAACUGCCACACAUUCCCAGUUACCAAGCACAGACACGGAUCCAGCAGAGGGAAGCUUCAUCUACAUGGACUUAUUAGCAUACAGUGCGCUCAUAUAUGUGUGACGAUGCCAGUUAGAGGGUUUACUCUCUAAUCCUUCCCAGGUUUCUCUUUUUAAGAUGUAUUUUAUACACAGAUCUAUUUUUGUGGCUUUUAUUUUGUACAGAGUUUUUUUUUGUAAGUAUUUUUACGCCUCUUUUUACCUGUACGUAAUGAUCAUUCCCUGUUGUUGCUGCAGUGACAGGCAGGGGGCAGCAGAGCAGAGUUUAAUGCAUUUCACCACCUCCAUUAUUCAAUUUAUCUGCAAAAAUGAGCUUUAUUGUGACAGAAGUUACAGAUUUACCAGGUUUUUGACGAAUCAUUUGACUUAUAAAGAGGGGGGGACGGCUACAGGGCAGCUUUAAGUGUUCGGAUCGUUUUUUUUCCCGCGUCGGGGCAUCCAGAGCUCCCCCUGCUCCUGUGGUGGUGGUGGUGGGCCGGACACGGUGCUACAUGUAGGGUCUGAGCUUUACUAACUCUAGUGUUUCCUCCUGAGUCGUAUUUUACUGUAGCCGCUACAGUAAGUCUUCCACACCGACAUGCCAUGUGAGGAUGAUCCGGAGAGUAAAUUUAUGGCCAUGGCGGUGCUUCCUCGGUGUAUUUUGUUCGUUUGGCACAAAGAAAUUUAUCCCUCGGAGCUCCGACGGUGCUCGGAAAAGCUCCCGAGUGAAUUUACAGCAGGGUUGUAAAGACGGAAACAGUGUUGAUGCUGAGGAAGGUGGAGGCUAGAGAGUUUAUCCCUGCUCUCCUCCUGUACCAGGGGUGUCAAACUCCUUAGUUCAGCUCGUAAAAUCGGAGCGUAAUGGCCUAGAAAUGACCACAACUCCAUAGCUUUCAGUUUGUUUUACUGCAAAAAAGUACACUCUGAAAAUGUCACUUUUGAGGAAUUAUUUAUUUAUAAAAUAUGAUAAUCGACCUGAAAUUUCUUAAGAAUGAGUUAAAUUUCAACAACAUUAUGCCUCAGUUUAUCAUUUACGUAUUAAAGCCUACAGGUCACAGAAAGUCUACAAAGGGACACAUUUAGUCAUCUGGAACUGAAUGAGUUAGUAUUUUAUUUAUGAUCUAAGUGACAAAAAAACAGCCAAAAUAAGAUAAAAUAUUACAAAAAUGAGACAUGAAACGACAAAAGUGAGAAACAAGAUGACAAAAAAAAUGAGACAAAAACGUUACAAAGCGACAAAAAACAAGCGAGACAAAAAGGAAACACAAAAUGAUAAAAUGAGACAAGCAACAAGUCAGACAAAAAACAAGAGAAAGUAUUACAAAAUCGAGAAACGAUGACGAAAAUGCGACAAACGACAUGCUGAACAGAAAAUAGGCAAAAAAGUUACAAAGUGACAAAACUGAAGCAAAAAAUGACACAAACGAUACACAAAAGAAUCAAAAGCCAAACAUAAAAUGACAAAAAUGAGACAAAACACACAAGAAAGACAAAAAGGAAACACUAAAUGACAAAAAGCACGAGGCAAGCGACAGAAGUCAGACAGAAAGCAACAACAAAACAAAAUGUUACAAAAAUGAGAAAUAAAAUGACAAAUGCAUGACAAGCAAUAAAAAUCAGCCAAAAAAGACAAAAACUAAAGUGGGAACCAUAAAUAAAGAAGAUUAAGUUUUCUUCUGGCCGGAUUAGACCCUCUGGAGGGCCGUUUUUGGCCCGUGGGCCUCAUGUUUGACACCUCUGUUGCGGUUUUUAGAGUUAACGAACUCAAUUUGAAGAGAAAAGUGCUGAAGCGGUAUUGAAGCGGAGUUUUUCUGCAGGAUGAAGGAUUUAGAAGGUCCAUAUGUGCUGCCAGGUUCUGUUCAGGAGGCGUGGAAGGAUUUUUUUUUCUGUCACUAACUGCCAAAUGUUCUUCACAAUAAAUGGACCGUGAGUUUUAAA